CGUGACAAAUGCCCAUAGAAACUGGACGCUCGUCAUUGAUGGAUCGUAUGGUUCUUUUUCGGGAGUGAUUCUUCAUCUUCCACGUUUCUCGUGAAAUAGGUCUUUACUUUCGCAUUGAUUUCUCUACAUACUAUGGCUUAAUGUGAAUGGAAUGUGACUUGAGGAAUUAAAGUAAGAUGACAACUGAUUAUCCGAUAAGACCGCCAUCGGAACAAUUGGUUGAUCUUCAUGUGUAUCUAUUACCAAGAGAAGUAUGGAACGAGAAGUAUAGCAGUACGUACAAUGAAUCCAUUAGGGAAGCAAGCUCUGCUGGAUUUGUCAGGGUGUGGCCAGACCUGACAGUAUGUGGUUUACGGACUUUGAUAGAGGAUGAGUUAGGAGAUAGUCUACCUCAGAACUAUGUAUUCCUCCGCAGUGUGGGAAGAUGUAUGACACAGAUCAAACCAAGGCAAGAGCUGGAACUGAAAUGCAAGGCAUUUCUGCCUCCUACAGCAUGGGCUCCAGAGAUAGUGGUCCUGGAGGCUUCAAGGGACAGCAUGAGUGUCCCGAUGUACCAAUCCUUCCCGGGCUACUCACCCCGACCUAACGCAACUCAGCCGAUCAACGGCAUCCCUACCCAUUUCCCCCAGGUUGCCAAUCACGAUAGAAUGGCGCCAUCAUCUGAUGGUCAGAGUCCCAUGGUGCAGCAGCAGCAGCAGCAGCAGGGGUACAAGGGUGACCCCCUCGGGUCGGGUCGCCCUGAUGCUUACACCAACAGCACAAACGAGGACUCCGGCAUAGCAGAACCCACACCGGAUGAUGAUGAUGAUCCAGACUAUGAAAGAAGAAAAUCUGAUACUGAUGAUCCAUACUACAACCAACUCCAUCCUGAUCAAACACAAAAUAGACAAUUCCAACAAACUGAAAGAAGCUGGGACGAAUCAGAUAGAUAUCAAGAAAAAGAGAAAGAAGAAGAGAGGCAAAGACAAGCAGAGAUCCAGCAAAGAGAAGAAGAGAGAAGGGAAGAGGAAGAGAGAAUAGAAGUAGAGAGACAAAGAGAAGAAGAGAGGAGAGAAGUAGAGAGGCAGAGAGAGGAAGAGAGAAGAGAACAUGAUAGAAAGUUGGAGCAGAAAAGACAGGAGGAGGUCAAGAAACAAAGGCAGAGGGAGAUGGAGGAGAGAAAAAAGGAGGAAGAAAAGAUGAAAGAAGAAAUGAAGGAGAAAGAGGCGGAGAGACAGCGGGGUAUCGCUGAGAGGGAACGAGCAGCGGCUUUCGAUAGUUCAAUGCCCUUGAGUGAGGGGGAGGAGGAGUACAAUGAUGCGACUAUUGCCAUGGAAACUAACCAAGCCCCGGACGGCCGAGGGCACUUCCUAAACGAUGAGCAGAUGAGGAGGCGAGCGGAAGACGAGUUGGAGGACUAUGAACCCCAGUCGACAUGGAGGCAGGAUGGAGGCGGAGAAACGGCGGGGCACCCCCGACAUCCUGGGAGCAGGAGGAAUAGAUCUAGGGAGGAUACCGAGAUGGAGAUGGCAUCACAGCAAGCCGUACAGGAUGGUUUGAAAAGGGUGCAUCUCACGCCAGAGGUUCACAGGAAAGCAAAGAUUGGGAAGAUAAGAAACAGCAGCAUAACAGACGAGGAAGACAUCUAUGAAACAGACCCAGAGAUGGCAGAUCUUUUACAACAACUUCAAGUAGCAAGGCAAGAGAGAGUGAAGAAAGAGAAAGAGAGAGAAAACUUGAUCAAAAGGGCCAAGGAUCUUCAGACAAAGACUCAUGAAAGGAGAAAUAGAUCGCUGAAUGAAUCCAGACCAAGGUCCAAUAGUGUAACUCCAGACCUAGCCACUCGUCCUCGCGAUUACUGGAAGAAGCGCUACUAUGACGAGAAGAAGAAGACGGCACCAAUGGAAGAGCAAGUCAGUCGUGUGAGGAACCAGCUGGACCAGAUGCAUCGUAAACUACUCAGCCACAUAGAGGGCGGCAAGAAGAAAGGUGCCUCCGUCAAGGGCCCACCCUCCAAAAAGAAUGACCACAAGAUCAACAUCUUGAAGAUGCAGCAUGAGCUGGAGGAAAUCAAGAGAAAGGUGGACAAAUCUAGGAUGAAACUCACCUCAGAAAUCAAACUACGCAAUCAAGCAGAGGAGGAGGUCAGAGGACUGAAGAGCGAGGUCACACAACGCAAGAUCAACACAACCUUGAUCAGGAAUCAGAAACUAGCUGCACUGAAGAUGGGGGACCACAAACUCCUCUCAAAGACCCCCAUUCCAGCCCUGGGCAAGGGACCCCUGUCCUUGUCUGCCAAGCGAUGAUUGAGGUAGGGAGGGAGCAACAUAUCGAAAAGAAAAGAAAAACAUCUCCAGGGGUUGUGUAAAACAGUUUACAGUAGGUACUUAAAUUGGCCAGGGACCUCUUUCCAUCAUGUCUGCUAAAGCGAUGAGGAAGGGAGCAGCAGAUUCUGAAUGAAAGAAAAAAAAAUAGGGCUGUCCAGGGGACUGUUGCAUUAUACUUACCAUUGAUGGUAACUUUGUUAACAAUGGCAACUACCAUGGUAACAGGGCUCAACAGCCAAUCAAAAUCAAGGUUUCCAUGGUAGUUAACAUUGAUGGCUAAGUUACCAUCAAUGGUAAGUUUUGUGCAACGGGCCCAGAACCGUUUACAGUGGGUAUUUAGUAGUACUAGAAGUCAUUAUGGCGACUGCGUGUUAAGUCUAUGGGGAAAAAAUUCAGGAGCCAAUGAAACAAAUGUUCAGAAACAUUUUUUUUAUUUUAUUGUGUACAAGAAAUGGAAGCGAAAUUAUGGAGAUGACGCUCUUUUAACACGUAUGUCCACGGUGGGACGUGGAGUACCAUAGUAGUCUUGGGGAAUUCAUUUUUGGGGGAUCGUGUACAAAAUGAAUGGAAGUUAUUUAUGGAGCAGAAAUUCUUUUUAAGGUGUAUGUCAAUGGUGGGACAUCAUCAAAUUUUUACCCCUCUCACUCUCCAUCAAAUAUAUACCUCUCUCCUUCUUCAGCGAAUACAUACCACUCUUCAUUCAUUGAAUUAUUACCCCUCUCCCUCUCCAUCUCCAUCAAAUACAUACCUCUCUUCAUGUUUUAUUUGAUCUUAGACAUGUGGAUGAACGAUGAAUAAUUUGAAUUGUAUUUAACCCGUUGACUACUGAAUUGUACAGGUCCCAUAGGCUUAGCAUGGGGACCACCAGGUUCCCGUAAGCAAAGGGUUAAGUCAAGGAGUUAACAAGGUAAUCUUGUCAUAUUUUUGUAAAUGAAGAAAUUGUAGCGUUACAGUAAAAAGUGAAAUACUAAAAUUCAGUUCAUUGGAUUCAGAUUAAAAUUCACUUCAAAUAUAAACGUCAAUUCAUUUCAAAUGAAAACGUCAAGAAAAUCAGGCAGGUAACACAAGGUUCAUCUAAUAUACAUGAAAGAAAUGCCAAAACAUUCACUCUGAGACACUUGAGUUGGUGGAAGGUUAGAUUUUAAUUGAAGACACAAAACAGCCUCUGUAGAAGCACAAGAGUAAAAGCAAUGUAAAUUAAAACAUCAUAAAAUUCAAAUAACCAAUUACAUAAUUUUAUACUUCAAGAUCUGAAUCAACAAAUAAUCAUCACUAUUAUUUCCAUGAUUUCAAUGAAUAGGUUAAAAUAAAUAUAUUAUAUAUCAUUUCUACAGUUACUGCCGAAGGACAGGUUACUUUUCAUUUCACAUAAUGCCUUACAUCACUUAUAAGUAAAUCCCAGAUUUAAAAUAAAAGACUACAUACGUUAUCACACACAGACACGUAAAGGCACACACCCUCCCAGAUACACUCACACACACAUGCCUGGGACUUCAAUUUAAAAUAUAUAAUAUAUAAUAUAAGUUUAUACACUGUCUAGUAGAGAUGAAUAGUUGAUUACACUUGCAUUUCUACAGUUGAGACUUAUACCUCAAGCCCAACAUGCUCCAAAGAUUUCAUACUGGUGUUUAGUAGACCAGACAUAAACUGUAUUGUUUAGGACCUCCACUUACGAGUUUAGGACCUCAACUUACGAAUUUAGGAAUUCAUUCAUUUCAUUGUUUUAUUUUUCCAAAUCAUUAAAAAAAUUAAAUCAUACAAUUACAAAUACAAUUCAUGUACAGUAACAUAAUAGAUAAGGAAAAAAAAGAAACCAAAAAAAAGUAGAAGCUUGUGGUUGAUAAGUUCCCUCAGUACAUUAUCAUAAUAAAAAUGUGUACAUAAAUGAAAAGUAAGAAAAUAUUCAAAAAUUACACUUACACUACAUACAAAACUGACAAUCAUCAAUGAUAAAUUACCACACACAUCCACGCAUACAAUAGAUCAAGUAGUAAUGAAACGGUCUUUACCAUGGUUAGUUAAUUCAUCGGUCAUUUCCCCCAAGAAAAUUCCUGUACUGAUCAGAGCUCCCUUACCGUUAUCUACAUAGAUGAUUGAAUCUGUAUCAAGUUAAAGUUAAAGUUCAGUUAACCAAAUAUAUAAUUGCUGAGGGAGGUGGGGAGCCGGUGAGCAUUCACCAAAGGAAUUUUCACAGCCUCGUCAAGUGAUAUAUUCAGGAAAUUCAUAAAUUCAGGUACUAGAGCUGAAGAGUUUAUUUCACGUCCAAUACAAAAUUUACAACAAUAUAAAAUUCAAAUGCAUCGUGAGGAAUAUGGAACUGGUGUGAUUAUUAUCACACCAUCCUUUACAUCAAAUUGUCGAAAAUGGACGAAGGGAUGACCUUCUCACAUCCUAUCGUAGAAGACAUGUGGUUCCUUGAUAUAUUCUGCCUUUGGUAGGUUACUUCUUUGACCGAAUUUUCCUUAGAAAGCAUUCAGACAAAUCUUUGCCACUGCUCUUAGACCUUUAUUGAUUUUAAUGGAAUCAUGAUCUAAACAAAUGCCUUCAUUUUCGUAGUAGACUAGAUAUUUCACAUGACUUUUUCUGGAUCCUAGAAGAAUCAACGGUUGUAUUGUCAAUAGUUGUACAGUCCAAAGGCCACCCACUAGACUCCUGCUUUAACUUCAGAAAUAAGUUACCAUAGUCUGUGAACAAUCCGCCCUUCUUCUUUACAUCGUACUCAAGUUCAAGUUCAAAUGAGGUUUUAUUCAAGACU